AUGCUGCGAGAGCGGGAAGCGGCUGAAGCACAUGAGCGCGAGAAAAAGCAGAUGGAACGGAAACACGCCGUGAGAGUGAAUCAGCUCGUUCAAGAAACUCUCACAGCUAGGGAUGAGAUAGUUCGGCUCAAUGCGAGAGUGAAGGAUCUUGAAGCUGUAAUUAAUGUCCCUAGAAGUGAUUCGGAAACCAUGACUGAAGCUGUUCAGUAUGCUCAGCCCACUUCCCAAAGUCCAGUAGCCUCCGACCCAGUCGAUCCCAAUCAGGGAACAGGGCGUUCGCCCCUGCCGGGAACUUCACCCCUUAUGCCACUAUCCCCAGUGCAUAGCCUUCCGGAUCAGAUGACUAUGUCAUCUCCAAUGCUGGCAUCUCCUAGUUGUGUCACAGUUGAAUCCAAGGUCACCGGCCAGCCAAUGUAUCUCAGUCAGGAGGCUCUUAAUCACAUACAGGCUUGUCAGAACGAGGCCUUUAUUUGGCGAACAAAGGCAGCUCAGCUGGAAAUCGUGGUCAAGGACCAACUGGCGAAGGCAAAUCGUGUCGAAGAAGCUCUCCGCGCAGAACUGUUUGCUGCUCGUUCUGGCCUCGUAGAGGUGCUUUUUAUAAGUGUAUAUCAUCCCACAGCCACUGGAAAUCCCCUACAGUCUUCGCCCAUGGCUUAG